AUGUACUUGACCACUCUGCGGGAUCUCACCUUGUGGUGCAGGACAUUUGCAUGGCGGGUGUCACUGGUUCGUCAGUCGGCUGCAGUGGUUCUUGUGCCGCGGAUGAGCUGCCUGGUCCUUUCACAGUCGCUGCGACCAAGGCUCUAUCGCAAGAUCACGGAUGAGUUCGGCAAGAAGACGAGGCACGCAGUGACCGGCGUGCCGGAUACUGCGCUGGAAGGUGACCUGGCGCCGUAUGCCGCGUGCACGAUGCUCUCGCCAGCUCUGAUGGAGUAUCUCGAUCUGGUGUCCUUUUACGACAGGAAGGCCCUCCUGAAGAUGGCGGGCUCCAAGGUGAACGGGCUGGGACUGUCAUCUCCAGGUGACUCCGCUUGCUACGGCCUCGUCGCCCGACUGCUCAGUGGCAUGACUGGACCGUUGAGGUUGGCCCCCAUCAUCAACCCCAUCGAAGGAUGCCGUAUGCCGACCUGGUCGACCCAUGCCACAAACCUGUGCUCCUACCCGCGGAUUCAUUUCCUUGUGCCGGCUUUGGGCGGCGUGGUCGCUCAGGGAAUGGAGGAUUUCAGCGUGCCCGGACAAGCAGGACAAGAGCCAGGCUUUGAAGCAGCAGGGGCUGCACUGCGACGGGGCACGCUCUCCUGCUGCAACUUCAACCGCAAAGAUGCCGGCAAAAGCAUCGCCGUCUCCAUGUUCUGCCGCGGCGUGGAGCAGAGCAGCGUCAUUGCCAAGGUGGUGGAGAUAAAGACGGACCGAAACUUUCAGUUUGUGGACUGGAGCCCGACUGGCUUCGCCAUCUGGAGCUACAAGGACCCGAAGAGUGAGGCGCCCGAAGUGGCAGUGCUUGAGAACACCACCGCGGCGAGCUCGAUCUUCUCGAGCUGGUUGACCGGCAUGGAGAACCUGCGAGAGAGCAAUGGCCAGGCCGAGCAACUGGUCGGAGACGUAGGUGGAGAGAUGUCUGAGUGCAUGGAAAACUUGGCGGCCAUCUGCAAGGACUACGAGGAAGUGGGUGCGGAGACAUGCGAUGGUGAGGAGGAGGAUGAGGGCGAGGAGUACUGA